GGAGGAGGAGGAGCAGUCAAAGUUUGACUUUCCCUGAGAAGGAAAAGCAACAGAUCCAAGCAGUUGUUUUUUUCCCUUAAGUAGAGACAAAGCGAAGGAAUAUCGCGUCCUGUUGACAUGGACUGACACCUUCUCUCUGUGGAAGCUUCAGGGGUAAAAAGAAAACACCACGAUGGAAAGCCUUUGCGUGAAGUGGAUCAUUCUCACCUCUCUGCUCUGCCUCAGCUCCUGCGGUCUGGCGGAAAAGAAAGUAUGCCAAGGAAUCACCAACCGCUUAAACCUUCUUGGCUCCAAGGAAGACCACUACCUGAAUAUGGUUAAGACCUACAGCAACUGCACGGUGGUCCUGGAGAAUCUGGAGGUGACCUACAUGGAGGCGCACCGUGACUUGUCUUUCCUAAGGUCAAUUGAAGAAGUCGGUGGCUACGUCUUGAUCGCCCUCAACACAGCCACCAGAAUUCCUCUGGAAAACCUGCACAUCAUUCGAGGCCAUUCCUUGUAUGAGGGAAAAUUUGCUCUCAGUGUUUUGGCCAAUUACGACAAAGCUACCGGACAGGGCACCAAAGAGCUUCUCCUCAACAGCCUGACAGAAAUUCUCAAAGGAGGCGUCAAGUUUGGGACCCACCAGCUGUGCAAUGUGGAGACGAUACAGUGGAAUGAUAUUGUCACUGAGAGUAACCCCACCAUGGAGCUCCCAGGGACUAACAACAGUUCACUCUGUAAACCAUGUCACUCCAGCUGUUAUAAUGGCUCAUGUUGGGCACCUGGUUCUCAAAACUGUCAAACUUAUACGAAGCUAAACUGUGCACAGCAGUGCUCCAAAAGAUGCAAAGGGCCUUCACCGAGUGACUGUUGUAAUGAGCACUGUGCUGCUGGCUGCACCGGACCCCGGCCCACCGACUGCCUGGCUUGUCGGGACUUCCAGGAUGACGGUGUUUGUAAAGACUCCUGCCCGGGCCUCAUGCGCUACGAACCCAACCUGCACCAGCUGGUUCCAAAUCCUCAUGGAAAAUACAACUUCGGGGCUACCUGUGUCAAGAAAUGUCCAUAUAACUAUGUUGUGACUGAUCAUGGAGCCUGCGUACGAACGUGCAGUGGUAAUACAUACGAGGUGGAUGAGGGCGGAGUCAGGAAGUGUGCCAAGUGUGAAGGACUGUGUCCCAAAGUGUGUAACGGGCUCGGAGCAGGAGACCUCACUCGCACGCUGUCCAUCAAUGCCACCAACAUUGACUCCUUUAAAAACUGCACAAAAAUCAAUGGAAAUAUUGCCCUUAUCAAGACAUCCAUUCAUGGAGAUCUAUACACCAAAACUCCAAAGAUGGAGCCUUCACAGCUCGAUGUGUUUAAAACAGUUAAAGAAAUUACUGGGUAUCUUUGGAUUCAAGACUGGCCAGAGAGUUUGAACUCACUCAGUCCUUUUGAGAAUCUGGAGAUCAUCCGAGGACGGACUAAACGCGGUAGCCUCAGUCUUGUAAUUACCCAGCUUCGUGUCAACUACCUGGGCCUUCGCUCCCUCAAACAAAUCAUCGAUGGUGAUGUGAUCAUCAGUAACAACCAGAACCUGUGUUACACCAGUAAAACCCACUGGGAGAUGCUUUUCACAUCAAAAAGCCAGAUUGCCAAAGUUGAAGGCAAUGCUGACACUGCCACAUGUGCUCUGAGCAACAACACGUGUAAUAGGAAGUGUACCACAGAUGGCUGCUGGGGUCCAGGCCCAGACAUGUGUUUCGCCUGCCGUGAUUUCAGCCGUGACAGGAGCUGUGUCGACUCCUGCAACAUCCUGGAGGGAGAGCCACGGGAGGCCGUCAGGAAUGAAACCUGCCUGGAGUGCCACCCAGAGUGUCAACGCCUGAAUGGGACAGCGACCUGUAGUGCACCAGGUCCCGCAAAUUGUACCAAAUGUGCAAACGUCAAAGAUGGACUGUUCUGCGUGUCUCACUGUCCUCAAGGCGUGCCCCGGGACGACGAGUCUUUGGUGUGGAAAUAUGCAGAUGAAUUAAAAGUUUGCCAGCUCUGCCACAAAAACUGCACUCAAGGGUGCACUGGGCCUGGACUUGAAGGCUGCCAUAUCAAAAGAGUGUCGGGUCUGUCCAUGGUCGCAGCAGGUGUAGUUGGAGGACUGCUGGCUGUGCUCAUCGCUGCUCUGUCCGUGUUUGUGCUGCUACGCCGGCGUUACAUCAAAAGGAAGAGGACGCUGCGCAGGCUGCUCCAGGAAAGAGAGUUGGUUGAGCCUCUGACUCCAAGUGGUGAGGCGCCAAACCAGGCUCUGCUUCGAAUCCUUAAAGAACCUGAGUUUAAGAAAAUCAAAGUGCUGGGAUCAGGGGCCUUUGGUACUGUUUAUAAGGGCCUCUGGGUUCCAGAAGGAGAGGACGUGAAGAUCCCUGUGGCCAUCAAGGUUUUAAGAGAGGCCACAUCUCCUAAAGCAAACAAGGAAAUCUUGGACGAAGCCUACGUGAUGGCCAGUGUGGAGCACCCACAUGUGUGCCGACUGCUGGGCAUAUGCCUGACGUCCACGGUGCAGCUCGUCACCCAGCUGAUGCCGUACGGCUGCCUGCUGGACUACGUCAAAGAGAAGAAGGAUAACAUCGGCUCCCAGCACCUGCUCAACUGGUGUGUGCAGAUAGCCAAGGGUAUGAACUACUUGGAAGAACGCCACAUGGUGCACCGUGACCUGGCAGCCAGAAAUGUUCUAGUGAAGACCCCUCAGCACGUCAAGAUCACAGACUUUGGUCUGGCUAAACUUCUGAAUGCAGAUGAGAAAGAAUACCACGCAGACGGUGGGAAGGUACCGAUCAAAUGGAUGGCCCUGGAGUCCAUCUUAAACAGGACCUACACGCACCAGAGUGAUGUGUGGAGUUACGGUGUAACAGUUUGGGAGCUGAUGACAUUUGGGACCAAACCUUACGAUGGGAUUCCAGCCAGUGAAAUCGCAGGAGUCCUGGAGAAAGGAGAGCGACUCCCUCAGCCGCCCAUCUGUACCAUAGAUGUGUAUAUGAUCAUGGUGAAAUGUUGGAUGAUUGAUGCCGACAGUCGACCUCGGUUUCGGGAGCUAAUAGCAGAAUUUACAAAGAUGGCAAGGGAUCCUUCCCGCUACCUUGUCAUUCAGGGAGAUGACCGUAUGCAUCUACCAAGUCCCACAGACACUAAGUUCUACCGCAGUCUGAUCAGUGGGGAGGACCUGGCGGAUGCAGUGGACGCAGACGAGUACCUGGUGCCACAACAUGGUUUCUUCAGCAGUCCAAGCACCUCACACACUCCUCUGCUGCACUCCACAAGUCUCAACAGCAGCAUUGGAACAUGUCACAGAGGGAAUGGAGUACUGAAUGGGUUCCCCAGCAGAGAUGGUAGCAUUGUUCUGAGGUACAUUCCUGAUCCCACAGAAAACCUUUUUGAUGACGCCUUCCUGCCAGCACCAGAUUACAUGAACACCAACGGCGCCUCAGACAUGAUGAAUCCAGUUUACCAACAACCCGGUCCUCCUCGUACCCUCCUCCCCACGAUCUCCUCGGAUGACACCGAGUCAGAAUAUCUCAACUGUUUCAAGAACGGGGGCGACGGGCCCGAGUACCUAAAUGACAUUCCUGCCUCCACCAUUCUCCCCGUCACCUCCAACGGCAAGAUCCACAGCUUUCAGAAUUAUCAGAACAGCAUAGACAACCCUGACUACCAACAGGACUUCAGUCCCAGGUUCAAGUCACAUGCAAACGGACACAUCCCAGCAGCGGAGAACGCAGAGUACCUGGGCCCAGACUGACGUCCGGACUGGACAUUGUAAAGAAAUACAAGACAUUUUUCUUUAACCCUGAGCGUUCAUGUCAUGCCUAAAAACACAUUUCUCACUGGUACCAUCAGUUUUCAUAUGUCUGAUGACGUCAACUGACUCCACAGCUCUCUGUGUUGUUUGCAGUUUAUCAUAACUCCUGUAAAAGCUGUCACUUUUCAAAAGGGUUUCUUUUUCCAACACAAGCCAACAAUUUGUUUUAAAUCAGUGAGCAGGGACAAAAGCUGACAUGUAACAAGACUCAGCCGACCCAAGAGUUUCUGGACAAGAACCUCUCCACCCCUGAUGUUGUGUCCUCCGUGUAGAAGUGGACAUCGUCAGAGCAAUCCGAUGUCUCAUGGGAGGCAAAGUCUUUUAUUUCAAAGGCAGCUCGGCCCAAAAACACAACUGUAAGGUACAGUGUUGGAGAAGGACGAGACACACAAUCAGGAACAGACAUUGAUCGGUUUGCAUUCAAAGGGCUGACGACACACAGUGGGCCACUCACUCCGGAACUUUUAUCUCUGAGGUCAGCAAGAUGAUUAAAGACAGAAUGUAGCAGCUGGACUGUGGGGUCACUCCUGAGGGAGAGAGAAUGUAGAAUCUCUGUGAAGGGAGUGGUGUUUGAGGACGUUUGACAUGUUACCUUUACCGCCCCCAGAUCGUUUGUUUUGUUGUGUGUGUGUGUGUAUGUUUGUGGAAGAGAAAUGGAGGGAGGGAGGUAGUAACUGUUGGAGGAAUAGGAGGGGUAAAUAUGACAAAUUUGAUCGUGGUAAUGUUCACUUUGUCGGCAAACAAUAGACGCUGUAAAAGAAAAUACACACAGCCGUCCUAAAAGCCUAAAAAGCCACUUAUUAUUUUUGGAAAUAAGUCUGAAUGAAAAGAAAACCUUUAACAAAAGUGUAUUUAUUGGGAAAAGAACAAUACAGCAGGACAUCAUGAUCUAAUUUCAGCUUGUCUGGUCCCAAAUGAACUUAUACAUGUCACAUUUUUACCGAGGUUAUAAUGAUUAAAGAUAAAAAUGGCCGCCUCUCUGGGGCAUUUAUCUGGUUUCUACAUCAACUCCUUUUCUGCCGUCUCACAGAUUAUUUCCAUUUAGCUGGACUAAGUGUGUAUAAAUAGAGCACAAAUGGUUACCAGUUUUCUUUAACCCCACAUACGUAGAACAUUUAAUGGAGCUCACAUAUAAAUGCUUGUUGGUUAUGGUUAUUAAUUAAACGGUCAAAAAAAGGCUAAAACUAUAUGUCCAGUUUCAGUUUACUUCUGCCAGUGCUGAUAGAACUGUCUUAGAUUGUGAGAGUAACUUGUUUAAAAACCUUCAAACACAUACAAUCUCCUGGGUAAUGUGAUAUAUUUGAGAGAAUGCCUGUGUGUUUGACCACCUGUUGUUUAUAGUGUAGUGUAGAAAAACUUUUACCUGGACACUUUACUUUGUCUCCUCUCCUGAUAGUUAUAGAUUAUGGUUUGACUCAGGACGUGGAGACCACCUCUGUGGAGCUGCUUAGACUUACAGUAGCUUUAAAGUCUUGUAGUUUUGCAAGAGCAUUAACUUGGCAAAUAUUGUUCCUAGUUUUAAAGGAAUGUCCUAUCGUAGCAGGCGGGUUUUACACAGGUACAUGUACAGAAAACUGUGGACGGUGAUGUAAUAUAACCCCCGAAUGUCACAGGUAAUUUAUCAGUACAUGAUUGUGUCACAUCGUAAGUCAAUAUGCACUUGUUCCUUUACAAAAAAAUGUUAUUAUUUUAUUCAAGAAUACAAAUAAAUCUGUUUUGUUUUGUUCUUUUUUUUCUAUGAAAA